UCCCAGAAAAACGGAAGAGUGUCCACUUAAUCAUGAGUACCAAUAAUUAUAUAUAUACAUAUAUAUAUUAAGUCACUGACAUCAUUUUGAUACUUUAUAUUUGGAAACGUAUUUAACGGGAACAAGAAGAAUGAAGAUAACAAUUGUUUUAGGAUUUGUUUUCCUGGUUUUGGCAUCAGAUUUGGUGAUGGGACGUCCAGCGGAAAGACAAAAGAGAUGGGACUUCUUUUCAAGAGCUCGUAAUGUCUUUAGUGAUUUAGGAGAUAAGAUAAGUGAUGCCGCGGACGAUGUUGGUGACUUUGCUGAGGGAGUGGCAGACCGAGCCAGAGAAGGCAUUGUCCAUGCUGUUGGCCAUCUAGAGGACUUUGGUGAUAAGGCAGGCGACAGAAUUGGCGAAGCUGCACAGAAUGCCAGAGAUGCCAUCAACAACUUAUAAAUGUUUACAAGCCAUAGACAACUUUCUGUAUUUUUGAUAUUACAUCAGUUUAAAUAAAUAUAAAGCAACCAGA